AGAAAAUAACGGCUGUCCCCAAGCGGCUUGUUGGUCAGGCUUUUUGAGUCGGAGGAGGACAUCCAGUUUUUUUUUGUGCAUCUCGCUUCCAUGUUUUCUUUACCCUCACGAAACACCUCAUCUGUUCUGAAACCAUCCAAAAAAACCAAGUGUUGCCUCUAAGAUGGCUAUGGUAAAGAGUGGUUGGCUCCAUCGACAAAGUACCAUACUGCGUCGGUGGAAAAGAAACUGGUUUGACUUGUGGUCUGAUGGACGACUUGUCUUCUAUAAUGAUCAACAACGGCGUGACAUGGAGGAUGACAUCCAUAUGAGGGUCGACUGCAUUAACAUCCGCAACUCUGGUGCAUGCCAAGAGCUGAACCCACCGGAGGGGAAGAAGCGUGAUGCCUUGCUCCAGAUUGUGUGCAGAGAUGGACGGGUCAUCAGCCUGUGUGCAGACAGUGCAGAUGAUGCUCUGGCAUGGACCAUGGCACUUCAGGAUGCAAGAAUUAAUACAGUUGUCGCUGCUCCUCAGAUUGGCUUUGCGCAGGAAGUUAUAGCGUCUGCUCCUCCCCCCUACUCAGAAUAUGCUCCCCCACCUCAGCAGGUUUAUGCCCCCGGCCCCUAUGGACACUAUGUUGCACCUCCACCACAUGCUACACAGAUUGUAUACUCUGCUGAUGGGCAGCCCUACGCUGUAGCUUACCCUUAUCAGUAUCAAGGUGGGUACCCUGCCCCUGAAGUGAACCAUGUUGUUAUUCAGGAACGCCAGCGUGACGACGGAGGAGACGUGGCUUUGGGCAUGCUUGCUGGAGCAGCCACUGGUUUGGCACUUGGCUCUCUCUUCUCUGUCUUCUAGUGUCUCGAUUAAUGCACAUCUAGUAGCACACGGUCCCCCCCAUAUUUGCAGCAUCUGGCUUCUUCUCUGUGCCAUCACAUGAGUUGGAGUAAAAUGUCUGUUGGGCUACUUCUAUCUAUGAAGCAUGAUUGUGAUGGGCAGCGAAUUACUCCGUAUGUGUCCUAUAUAUACAGUAUAUACUGUUAGCACUUUCUCAUAUGCCCUGUGUGGCAGUUUCCGCCCCUUUGUGUUGUGUGAAUAUGAAUGUUCUUAACCAAAAAGUACAAUUACUCACUUUUAAGAGUUAUUUAAAUGACAGAAAACAUUUUACUCCUCCUAUGUACAUUUCAGGUCCUCUGACUAUUUCUCAAGUUUCAUGGAGCACAUUUGUCCUUUAUAUUUGCAGAAUUACCUUAAUAGCCAUGAAUUGGUGUUUGUUUAUGUUUGUCUACUUGUUUUUUUUAGUUUUUUUUUACAGGUUUUGUGUUUAUCUUUGUGUAUUAUACCUUUACUUUACAUGUAUUACUUGUCUGUUGUGGUUGUGAAUAAUAUGCAGUGUUUCUUCAGCUCCUCAAUUUAUUUGUGGUGGAGGCAGGCUAAGAUGAGUGGAAAGAGGAGUACACACACACACACACAAAGCAAUAAUCACUUGGAUUGUAGCAUUUUGAGGUACCUAUUUGGUGAAAUCUGGUUGUGAUGGAUGCCUAAUGUUGUCAUCGCCACAAAUAAGUCUACGUUUGAGGAAACACUGGCAUAUACACAAUGAAGUGAAAAGGUAUGUCACUCAUUGUAUAUGGUAAUUUAUUUCAUUGGCAGCUGUCAAUUCAUACUUUUCAAUAGUGUGUUGAAUCGAUAUUUUGGUUUUCAUUUCAGAAGGCUUGGUGCAGCGUUCACAAAUACCAAUCAGGCUUAUCUGCCUCUUGGAGAUUUAGUUAAUUAAAUUUGGACUUUCCACUCCAAGCGACUUGCACAUUGUCAGAUUUUUCCAUUAUUCGUGUUAAUUAUGACACCAUUUAUUCACUUUGAAUUAGCAACUUCUGCUCAAUAGAAAACCUUUUUGGUCACCUUUUCAAAGAUACUGCAUAUCUUAAUGACACUAAGAAGAUGUGAAAGACAUCUAUUUCCAAGUUAUUUAAAUUUUGCAAUUAAUAAGCUUGUGCAAGUGUCGUAACAUUGAUGUCAUUUUUCUACAGGUCUUACAUUGUGCAACGGUGUGAAAUGAACCUGUUCUAUUUCUCUUAAUAAAUGUACUAAAUUAAAUUAUUCCCUGCAUUUAAAAUAAAAAUGACACUUAAGUAAGUGUCAAUAAGGA